UUUACACUUACAUUGAACAAUUCUGAGUUUUGGCUUGAAUUUGACACUGUCAGAAUAAUUCAAUUUAACAUUAUAUAUCAGGAUAUAUUUCUGGCUGGAGUAGAUACUGGAGCAGUAGUCAUGGUCUGGGCAAUGACAGAACUUGUUAGGAACCCUAGAGUUAUGAGAAAAGCACAAGAAGAAAUUAGAAGUCUAAUUGGAGAAAAAAUAAAAGUAUCUGAAAGUGAUACUGACAAGUUCAUCUACCUAAAGUCGGUUUUGAAGGAAACAAUGAGAUUGCAUCCACCAGUACCACUGCUACUUCCAAGAGAAGCCAUCUCACAAUUCAACAUCAAUGACUAUGAAAUUCAUCCUAAAACUCGAAUCCAGGUCAAUGUGUGGGCGAUAGGAAAAGAUCCUAAAAUUUGGAAAAAUCCUGAAGAAUUUAUUCCAGAGAGAUUCAUUGAUAAUUCUAUUGAUUUUAGAGGGCAGAAUUAUGAAUUUUUACCGUUUGGUGGUGGUAGGAGAAGUUGUCCUGGUAUAACCAUGGGAUUGGCUUUGGUGGAGCUUGCACUUGCAAACCUUUUAUUUUGCUUUGAUUGGGAGUUGCCUUACAAUAUGAAGGAGGCAGAUAUUAAUAUGGAAGAGAAAUUCGGUCUUACUAAUCAUAAGAAAGAAGCUUUAAUGCUCGUACCAAUUAAAUAUCAUCACCUUCUGUAUAAUAAAGAAUAAAUGUCUCAAAUAGCUUUAAUUGAUGAAAUUAAUAAAUA